CGCUGCUUCCUUAUCCGGGGUAAGGAGGAGGCCUCCACCUCAGGCCUCGGGCUGUGUUAUCUGCUCGUCCCAUGCCAGGGAUACCCAGACCGGGGUGACCGAUGCAGCGGGCAUCGGGGAGGCCCUCCCGAGUCCCCGCAUCUGAUGAAACAUGAAGAUCUUAAGUCGGGUGUGUGUGUCCAGUCUGCUGCUCUGUGUCAUCCUCUGGUUGUGCUGGAUUAAAGCAAACAUCAAGGAACCGGCAGAGCCGCCAUCUUUUCUACCUCAUGAACUGCAGCUCUGGGGAUACAGCAGACUUCCAGAUGGCGAGCCUCUGGUCAGGAAUCCCUGUAAAACCUGCGCCGUGGUGUCCAGCUCAGGGCAGAUGCUUGGCUCCGGCCUGGGGCCACACAUUGACCAGGCCGAGUGCGUCCUGCGCAUGAACACAGCUCCUACUUUCGGCUACGAGUCGGACGUCGGCAGCCGCAGCACCUUGAGGGUUGUGUCUCAUACAAGUGUACCUCUACUGCUACGCAACCAGACCUACUUCUUCCAGCACUCCCAGGACACUGUGUAUGUGAUUUGGGGACCCCCCAGACAGAUGGACGUUGACCACGGGAUCAUGUAUCGCGCCUUGGUACGAGCUAAGGACAAGUUUCCUGGAAUUAAUAUCUACACGCUUACUCAGAAUAUGAUGGCCCACUGUGACCAGGUCUUCCAGAAUGAGACUGGGAAGAACAGAGCCAUGUCUGGUACGUUUCUUAGCACUGGCUGGUUCACUAUGAUCUUGGCCAUGGAUCUGUGUGAGGAGGUCUCCGUGUACGGGAUGGUGAGCGAGAACUACUGCAGCGACCGCUCACACCCGCCGGUGCCUUACCAUUAUUAUGAAAAGGGGCGGCUGGAUGAAUGUACAACUUACAUGAUGCACGAGAGAGCGUCACGGGGAGCCCAUCGCUUCAUCACCGAGAAAGCCGUCUUCUCCCGCUGGGCCCGAAGGAGACGGAUCUAUUUUAAACACCCAUCCUGGGAGGCUUGAGGCUGGCAGCAACCUCCUUUUUAUACUGACAAGCAGACAUUUUUUGUAUUGGAGGCAGGUAAAGCGGAUCUCAGGCGUCAGUCCCCGCCGCUCUUGGCGUUCUGUGGAAAUCACAGGAGAAAAGUAUUAUGACAAUCCUAAACCUGCUCAUUUAUUCGUAUACUUUUUAUGACUCUUUUAAGACAUUUGCCGCUUGCAUGUGUUUGGAGGAGGCACAGGGUAAAGGCAAGCGGGUGCACGUACAUUAAGUAGGCGUUUGUAGUGAGGCCACGUACAGACGCUACUGUGCUGCUGUGACGUGCACCGAGCAGCAUCAUGCUGGAUUUUGUAUGGAACAAGCAGUAUUAUUUAUUUAUGUGGUUCUAAUCAUGGUUUCUGCAGUUCCUCCCAGCACCACCGGGGGGAGCCACAAACCUCAGUGUUAAAACAACAGGUUUUUGUUGGCGUAGCAAAUCUUUUUAACAAUUCCACUUGUGUACGGCAAGUUCUGACAACCGCAAGUUAUUACAGGUACUGGGGACUUUGCUAGUAUCACAGGCCACUAAAGGGGCCCUCCGGAUUUAUUAUUUUCUGAUAUUUGUGCAGGGCUAUCUCUGGCAGAGAGAUGAAUGGAGAGGCAGCGAUGGGGAUGAGUGGAGUGCAAUAGCCUCAAAGACUAGGUUUCAUUAAAGGCUAUGGACACCUUUGGGGGCUUUUUUUUUUUUUUUUAGGAUUGCAUUUUACUCAUUUUGGGCUAAGUCAUUUUUUCAAUUGGUCUUUUAUGUUCAGCUGUUUCUGAGACACAAGGGUUAAAACUCAGUCUGUUUGCAAGCUCUUCGUGUUUUCUUUGAAUCCUGUCAGCUGACAGCUCAUGUGUUGCUCUUAUCAGACCUAUUUAAGCCAUAUUCUUAUCAAGUUUGAUUAACAUUGAGCCAUAAUGAGCAUUUAGGAGAUCAGAGAUAAGAGCUACUCAUGAGCUGUCAGGUGACGGGAUUGAAAGAAAACAGAAAGUGACAGCUUGCAAACAGACUGAAUUUUAACACCUGCAUCUCAGAAACGGCUAA